CUUCCAGCGACCCACCGGGACCACACAGCCAGCCUGCGGACGAUUUUAUGACCAAGAGCCGAGCAAGAUGCAUUGUGAGAGGUUUCUAUGCAUCCUGAGGAUAAUUGGAACCACACUUUUUGGAGUCUCACUUCUCCUUGGAAUCACAGCUGCUUAUAUUGUUGGCUACCAGUUUAUCCAAACGGAUAAUUAUUAUUUCUCUUUUGGACUAUAUGGUGCCUUUUUGGCAUCCCACCUCAUCAUCCAAAGCCUGUUUGCCUUUUUGGAACACCGGAAAAUGAAAAAAUCCCUGGAAACCCCCAUUAAGUUGAACAAAAAGGUUGCUCUCUGCAUCGCUGCCUAUCAGGAAGAUCCAGACUACUUAAGGAAAUGUUUGCAAUCUGUGAAAAGGCUCACCUACCCAGGGAUUAAAGUGGUCAUGGUCAUCGACGGGAACUCUGACGAUGACUGUUACAUGAUGGACAUCUUUAGUGAAGUCAUGGGCAGGGAUAAAUCAGCCACUUAUAUCUGGAAGAACAACUUCCAUGAAAAGGGUCCGGGUGAGACAGAUAAGUCCCACAAGGAGAGCUCACAACACGUCACCCAAUUGGUGUUGUCCAACAAGAGUAUUUGCAUCAUGCAAAAAUGGGGCGGAAAAAGAGAAGUCAUGUACACAGCCUUCCGAGCGCUCGGACGAAGCGUGGAUUAUGUACAGGUGUGUGACUCAGAUACAAUGCUUGACCCUGCCUCAUCUGUGGAGAUGGUAAAAGUUUUAGAAGAAGACCCCAUGGUUGGGGGAGUUGGAGGAGAUGUCCAGAUUUUAAACAAGUAUGAUUCCUGGAUCUCCUUCCUCAGCAGUGUGAGAUACUGGAUGGCUUUUAAUAUAGAAAGAGCCUGCCAGUCUUAUUUUGGGUGUGUCCAGUGUAUUAGUGGACCGCUGGGAAUGUACAGAAACUCCUUGUUGCAUGAGUUUGUGGAAGACUGGUACAAUCAGGAGUUUAUGGGCAACCAAUGUAGCUUUGGUGAUGACAGGCAUCUAACAAACCGGGUGCUGAGUCUGGGCUAUGCAACAAAAUAUACAGCUCGGUCCAAGUGCCUUACCGAAACACCGAUAGAAUAUCUCAGAUGGUUAAACCAGCAGACCCGCUGGAGCAAGUCCUACUUCCGAGAGUGGCUAUACAACGCAAUGUGGUUUCACAAACAUCACUUGUGGAUGACCUAUGAAGCGGUUAUCACUGGAUUCUUUCCUUUCUUUCUCAUUGCCACAGUAAUUCAGCUUUUCUACCGGGGUAAAAUUUGGAACAUCCUUCUCUUCUUAUUAACCGUCCAGCUAGUAGGUCUCAUAAAAUCAUCUUUUGCCAGCUGCCUUAGAGGAAAUAUUGUCAUGGUGUUUAUGUCUCUCUACUCAGUGUUAUACAUGUCAAGUUUACUUCCUGCCAAGAUGUUUGCGAUUGCAACCAUAAACAAAGCUGGGUGGGGCACAUCUGGAAGGAAAACUAUUGUUGUUAACUUCAUAGGACUCAUUCCAGUCUCCAUAUGGUUUACAAUCCUCCUAGGUGGUGUGAUUUUCACCAUUUACAAGGAAUCCAAGAAGCCAUUCUCAGAAUCCAAGCAGACAGUUCUAAUUGUUGGAAGCUUAGUCUACGCAUGCUACUGGGUCAUGCUUUUGACGCUCUAUGUGGUUCUCAUCAAUAAAUGUGGCAGGAGGAAGAAGGGACAACCAUAUGAUAUGGUGCUUGAUGUAUGAUCGUACAUUAGUUGUUUCUGGACACACACACCACACACACACACAUUCACACCACACUGCCUUAGGGAUGUGUACACCUAGGGACUGUACAGCAUUGUGGCAUCAGAUCAUGCCACCAAAGGAGACAUAUCACUGCUGCUGGGACUUGAACAAAGAUGUUUUAUUGGGUUUUGUUUUAAUUCUGCCAAAGUAAUAUGAUGCAUCAAUAAGAAGAAACUCAGAUGUAACCUGUCAUUUCUAUGAAAAUGAGAUAAAUUCUUUGUUUAAUGCACUUUUUUUCCCUUACUGUACAUCUGCCUGACAGAGUUUGCCCUAAAUACCUCACUAGCUUUAUGUGGGCCAUCAUGGAAGAAAAGGAGUUUGGAAAACUCAAGGAAAAGUUCUUUCAACCUAUACAACCUAACUUAUGGACUGUUUCUUGUUAGCUACUCAUUUUUAGGAAGGAUUUUCUGUUUAACUCUACCAAAUGGAAUGCCAAAGGAAAUCUUCAAGGCCGAUGGCUGUGUUGUAUUUUGAUAUAAUUGUACUGUGUUUUUAAAUUUUGUAUGCCAAUUUUUAAGACAAAUUUUACAUACUCUAUAUUUUAUUUUUCUGCCAAAAUACACUUGUGUUUUCU